CACCAGAUCCCCUCACCGUCGUCACGAGCAAAAUCUUGAGAGAGAGAGAGAGAGAGAGAGCGAGGAGAUCAAUGGCGUCGGGUUGGGGGAUAACGGGGAACAAAGGGCGAUGCUACGAUUUCUGGACCGACUUCAGCGAGUGCAUGUCCAAGUGCAGGGAGCCCAAGGACUGCUCCCUCCUCAGAGAGGACUACCUCGAGUGCCUCCACCACUCCAAAGAGUUCCAACGGAGGAACAGGAUCUAUAAAGAAGAGCAACGUCAAAUAAGAGCAGCUGCGCGCAAGGCCAAGGAGGAGGCUGAAGGAGGUGGUCAGAGCCCUCAUCAUUAGCACGGCGCUGCCAUCCCUUCUCGAGGGCUGUAAAAGGAAAGAACUUAAAUUCUGUUGCGUGUAAAUGUGAAAUGUCAUGUUUGCAAUCUAGCACCCACUCUCUUGUAGUAGAUUUGGGUGGGUUCUCUUUGCUGAUGCUUAGGUUGAGGUAAUAAAUUUGUUUAUCCGAAUCCGAGGAAAAAAUGUUUUCUGAAAGAUUGUUAAAAGACUUUCUGAGUGUGGAAUUGAAGAACUUUGUUGCAUUGGCUUUUC